UUUCCAGAAUCAAGAGUGUGGUUUAGAAUUUGGUUUUUUAUUUUUCUCUCUGUUGGUAUACAUAAUUUUGUCAUCAUUCAUCGACGACGACGACAACAACAACAGCCAGCUUAACUUGAAAAUCUCAAUUGCAAAUCAAUAUUGAUUUGAUUCCGUUGGUCAGUCUAUCAAUCGUUGAUGGUGAUGGUGGUGGCUGUAUACUGUAAUUGCACAACUUUUAUUUAUCAAAAUCAAGAAUGUGUGAAGAAGCCUUUUGAUUUGGAAUUUGUUUCAAUUUUUUUUUCGUUCGUUGUUUGUUUGUUUCAAAAUACACACGCACAUAUCACGGAAAUCAUAUAUCGAAUUUCAUUCAUGAUGGUAACAAACAUUCCAAUGUUAUUAUUAUCAUCAUCGAUAUUUGUUUUCAUUAUUCAUGAUCAUCAUUAUUGGUUAACAUCAUCAUUCAUUUCAGAUGUUAACUGUUCACCAUUGUUGACAGAUAAUACAACGAUUCGUAUUGGAUUUUUAAGUUCUUUUCAUUAUGGUUUAGGUAAAAUAAUUGCCGGCGCUGUUCCAUUGGCCAUCAAAGAUUUGAACAGCGAUGAUUCUAUACUACCAAAUCAUACAAUUGAAUUUGUUGCUGCUGAAUGUGGAAAACCAAAUGGCUAUACUGGUAUUAAAAAAAUGACCGAAUUAAAAGAUCGUGUUCAUGCUUUUAUUGGGCCAGAUGAAAGUUGCGCAAGUGAAGCAUUGGUUGCUGCAGCUUGGAAUAUUCCAAUUGUUUCAUAUAAAUGUAUCGAUCAAAAUUUAUCGAAUAAAACAAUAUAUCCAACAUUUGCUCGUACAUUACCGCCAAGCUCAAAGAUUUCCAAAUCAGUCAUAUCAUUAUUGAAACAUUUCAAAUGGAACAAAAUUGCAUUGAUUGUAUCGGAAAAUCCAUCCAAUAAACAAGUACAAGAAUCAUUAAUGAAAUUGGCUAAUGAACAACAGAUUCAAAUAAGACAAAAAUAUUAUUUACCCGAUCAAUAUAUUAGCCGUUAUAAACAGAAUAUUGAACAAAUUAUUAAUGAUAGCUAUCAAAAGACAAGAAUCUAUAUUCUUCUUACUGAUACAUUUGUAUUAGUGGAUUUUAUACGUUUGAUGCAACGAAAAAAAUUACUUGAUACCGGUCUUUAUGCCAUUGUUUCGGUUGAAGAAGAAGUAUUCUAUUCUGUGAAAAAGGGUGAAUAUCUUAAUAAACAAUAUAAAAAUCUACGUAAUCAAAAUGAUCAUCUUGAUCUACGUGGUUUAAUGAUCAUUACACCUAGUCCACCAUUGAAUACGAAUUAUUCAGAAUUUCAGAAAGAUGUCCUGCAAUAUAAUCGUCGUAAACCAUUUGAAAUACCGUUUCAUAAAAAAAUUGCCAUUCAAGUACCAAUAUAUGGUGGUCUUUUAUACGAUGCCGUUACUGUUAUUGCACAGGCAUUUCAUAAAGUAAUUGAACAUGGUGAAAAUCUUACCAAUGGAAUCGUAGUCAUGGAUGCAUUGAAAGAUCUUAACUAUAAAAGUAUACUUGGAUUUAAUGUUCAUAUGGAUCAGAAUGGUGAUGCUGAAGGCAAUUAUACAUUGCUUUGUUUAGAAAUUGUUAACAAAAGUAUCGAUAUGCAAAUUGUUGGUUCAUUUCAUCAGACUGAAAAUGAUUUACCAGUAUUGAAAUUGAAUCGUAAAUUAAAAUGGUAUGGUAAUGGACCAAUAUUAUCGGAACCAAAAUGUGGUUUCAAUAAUGAAUUCUGUGAGAAUGGUACCAGUGUAACGAUAAUCAUUGUAAUCAUAUUGUUUAUCAUCAUAUUUAUGGCAAUUGUAUUUUUCACUUUUAAACAUUAUCAUUAUGAAUAUAAAUUGACAAAAGUAUUAUGGAAAAUCGAUAUGAAAGAUAUAUUGUUCAUACAUACCGAUUUUGAAUAUGGACUGCAGAAUAUUCGUAAUACAAUCAAUCUACAUAGUCUAAAACAGAUGGAAGUUGUGUUUAAUAAUAAUGUACAGAAUAAAAAUGAACAAUUUGAAAAUUCUUCAAGCGAUAUUUUUGAUAAUCAACUUUAUGGUGUAGCAAUCUACAAGGGUUCGGUUACAUUUGUUAAACGAAUAUGUAAAAAAUCUGUUGAUCUUACCAGAAAUGUACGAAAAGAAUUGAUACAGAUGCGUGAAAUGCGACAUGAAAAUAUUAAUCAAUUUAUUGGUGCCAUAAUUGAUGCACCAAAUAUAGCUGUAAUGUUUAUAUAUUGUGCACGUGGAAAUCUUGAGGAUGUAUUACGUAAUAAAGAUAUUAAUUUGGACAACAUGUUCAUUGCAUCAUUGGUUGCCGAUCUGAUCAAAGGAAUGAUUUAUCUUCAUGAUUCAGAUAUCAUAUCACAUGGUAAUCUUAAACCAUCCAACUGUUUGAUCGAUAGUCGAUGGGUGUUACAAAUAUCUGAUUAUGGUCUGCAUGAAUUUAAAUCAAAUCAAGAUUUAUUUAAAUCGAAAGAAAAUCAAGAAAAAGAUAUGUUAUGGAAAGCACCGGAAUUGUUGAAAAAUUUAAAUGCAUCACCACGUGGAUCACAAAAAGGCGAUGUUUAUUCAUUUUCAUUGAUAUUAUACGAAAUAAUAUUACGUAAAAAUCCAUAUGAAGAGAUUAACAUGUCAAACAAUGAAAUUUUACAUCGUAUUAUCAAUCCAAAAUUGUAUGGAGAGGUUUUUCGUCCACGGUUAAAAAGGCUAAAAUGUUCAGCCUAUAUAAUUAAAUGUAUUGAAGAAUGUUGGAAAGAAGAACCAGAAGAAAGGCCAGAUUUUCGUUUCAUCAAUAUCAGAUUACGUGAAAUGCAAUCCGGAUUAAAACCCAACAUAUUUGACAAUAUGAUUGCAAUGUUGGAAAAAUAUUCAUAUAAUCUAGAAUCAUUGGUACAGGAACGAACAAUUCAAUUGUUGGAAGAAAAAAAGAAAACUGAAAAUUUAUUAUUACGAAUGUUACCAAAAUCAGCAGCUGAACAAUUGAAACGUGGUGAAGCAGUGGAAGCUGAAUAUUUUGAUUGUGUUACUAUUUAUUUUAGUGACAUUAUUGGUUUCACUGAACUUUCAGCAAUGAGUACACCUAUUCAGGUGGUUAACCUAUUGAAUGAUCUAUACACUUGUUUUGAUUCAAUUAUUGGUAAUUAUGAUGUUUAUAAAGUGGAAACAAUUGGCGAUGCCUAUAUGGUGGUCAGUGGUUUACCAAUUCGUAAUGCAGAAAAACAUGCUGGCCAAAUAGCAUCGAUGGCAUUACAUUUGUUGCAGGAGAUAUUCAAUUUUGAAAUUGCUCAUCGUCCAGGUGAAUAUCUUAAACUUCGUAUCGGUAUUCAUUCAGGUCCAUGUGUAGCCGGUGUUGUUGGCCUUAAAAUGCCUCGUUAUUGUUUGUUUGGUGAUACAGUGAAUGUAGCAUCAAGAAUGGAAUCCACUGGUGAAGCACAUAAAAUACAUGUUAGCUAUUCAUGUAAACAGAUUCUGGAUAAAUUGGGUGGCUACAUUCUUGAAGAACGUGGAUUGAUUUCAAUCAAAGGAAAAGGACAGAUGCGUACCUAUUGGCUACUUGAUCGAUUACAGCCAUCUGAUUCUAUAUUGUGAAUGAAAAUUUUUUGUUUUGUUUUUGUUUUUCAUCAAAAAAAAUGUUUUCAAACAGACACACACA